AGACUGUUAAAUAAGUGACACACAGUUGUCUCCAGGAGAAAUGCUGAGGCGGGUGGUGACGCAGCACGUGGACGAGGUCGUGGACGAGGCGUUUGGCCUGUUGGACACGUUGACAGCGGCGUAUGAGGACAUCGUUUCUCAAUUAGGAGAACAUGAGCUACACACAUCAGAUGUCCAGCAGCAGUUGGUGAUGAAACAAGAGGUUCCCCCUGAACAGCAGGACUGGAGCUCCAGUCUGGACCAGGAUGACCCAGAGCCUCCAAACAUUAAAGAGGAGCAGGAGGACCAGGAGAACCCAGAGCCUCCACACAUUAAAGAGGAGCAGGAGGACCAGGAGGACCCAGAGCCUCCACACAUUAAAGAGGAGCAGGAGGACCCAGAGCCUCCACACAUUAAAGAGGAGCAGGAGGACCCAGAGCCUCCACACAUUAAAGAGGAGCAGGAUGAACUCAGGAUCAGUCAGGAGGGAGAGCAGCUUCAAAAGCUGGAGGAGGCUGGAAUCAAGUUCUCAUCCACCCCUUUGUCUCCAGGAGAAAUGCUGAGGCGGGUGGUGGCGCAGCACGUGGACGAGGUCGUGGACGAGGCGUUUGGGCUGUUGGACACGUUGACAGCGGCGUAUGAGGACAUCGUUUCUCAAUUAGGAGAACAUGAGCUACACACAUCAGAUGUCCAGCAGCAGUUGGUGAUGAAACAAGAGGUUCCCCCUGAACAGCAGGACUGGAGCUCCAGUCUGGACCAGGAGGACCCAGAGCCUCCAAACAUUAAAGAGGAGCAGGAGGACCAGGAGAACCCAGAGCCUCCACACAUUAAAGAGGAGCAGGAGGACCAGGAGAACCCAGAGCCUCCACACAUUAAAGAGGAGCAGGAGGACCAGGAGAACCCAGAGCCUCCACACAUUAAAGAGGAGCAAGAGGAGCAGGAGGACCAGGAGGACCCAGAGCCUCCACACAUUAAAGAGGAGCAGGAUGAACUCAGGAUCAGUCAGGAGGGAGAGCAGCUUCAAAAGCUGGAGGAGGCUGGAAUCAAGUUCUCAUUCACCCCUGUAAAGAGUCAAUAUGAUGAUGAGGAAGCUCAGCUCUCAAAGUCCAUAAAAACUGACAAGAGAGGCAGAACAUUUGAAAACAGAAGCAGACGGAGAGGAAGUCAGAUCCAGAUCAGAUCCAGAGAGUCCUUUACAACCAACUGCUGAUGAGACGUCACAAUCCUCUGAAUGUGAGACUGAUAACAGUGAAGAUUGGAAGGAGACUCAGGAACCUCAGUCACGUUUAAACCCUUUGGAAAGCAAUGAAGUCCCUGUAGGUGACAUGGACUGUGGGACUGGAAACGCAUCAAUUAGCUCUUCUCAAUAUGCUGGAAGCUUUGGCCAAAAGAGACAUCUGAAGAGACACUCUGGAGCCACAACAGGAGUGACCAGUUCUUCAGUUUGUGGUAAAACAUUCAGACAAGUGCAACCUCUGAAACAACACUCAACUGUUCAUACAGGAGAGAAACUAUUCAGUUGUUCAGUUUGUGGUAAAACAUUCA